AUGCGAGAGUGCAUUUCCAUCCACGUUGGUCAGGCUGGUGUCCAGAUCGGUAAUGCCUGCUGGGAGCUUUACUGCCUCGAGCACGGUAUCCAGCCCGACGGCCAGAUGCCCUCCGACAAGACCAUCGGUGGUGGUGAUGACUCCUUCAACACCUUCUUCUCCGAAACCGGCGCUGGCAAGCACGUCCCCCGAGCUGUCUUCGUCGAUCUCGAACCCACCGUCGUCGAUGAGGUCCGAACCGGUACCUACCGACAGCUCUUCCACCCCGAGCAGUUGAUCACCGGCAAAGAAGAUGCCGCCAACAACUACGCCCGAGGUCACUACACCAUCGGUAAGGAGAUCGUCGACCUUGUCCUCGACCGAAUCCGAAAGCUCGCCGACCAGUGCACUGGUCUCCAGGGUUUCCUCAUCUUCCACUCCUUCGGUGGUGGUACCGGCUCUGGCUUCGCCUCCCUCCUCAUGGAGCGACUCUCCGUCGACUACGGCAAGAAGUCCAAGCUUGAGUUCGCCAUCUACCCCGCCCCCCAGGUCUCCACCGCUGUCGUCGAGCCCUACAACUCCAUCCUCACCACCCAUACCACCCUCGAGCACUCCGACUGUGCUUUCAUGGUUGAUAACGAGGCCAUCUACGACAUCUGUCGACGAAACCUCGACAUCGAGCGACCUACCUACACCAAUCUUAACAGAUUGAUUGGUCAGAUCGUCUCCUCCAUCACCGCUUCCCUCCGAUUCGACGGUGCCCUCAACGUCGAUCUUACCGAGUUCCAGACCAACUUGGUCCCCUACCCCCGAAUCCACUUCCCCCUCGUCACCUACGCUCCCGUCAUCUCCGCUGAGAAGGCCUACCACGAGCAGCUCUCCGUCGCCGAGAUCACCAACGCUUGCUUCGAGCCAGCCAACCAGAUGGUCAAGUGCGACCCCCGACACGGCAAGUACAUGGCUUGCUGCAUGCUCUACCGAGGUGACGUUGUCCCCAAGGACGUCAACGCCGCCAUCGCCACCAUCAAGACCAAGCGAACCAUCCAGUUCGUCGACUGGUGCCCAACUGGCUUCAAGGUCGGUAUCAACUACCAGCCACCAACCGUCGUUCCCGGUGGUGACCUCGCCAAGGUCCAGCGUGCCGUCUGCAUGUUGUCCAACACCACCGCCAUCGCCGAGGCCUGGGCUCGACUUGACCACAAGUUCGAUCUCAUGUACGCCAAGCGAGCCUUCGUCCACUGGUACGUCGGAGAAGGUAUGGAGGAAGGUGAAUUCUCCGAAGCCCGAGAGGAUCUUGCCGCCCUCGAGAAGGAUUACGAAGAGGUUGGCGUCGACUCCGUCGAAGGCGAAGCCGAAGAAGGUGAAGAUGAGUACUAA